GGCAGAGGCCUGACAGAUCAUUCAUCUAAGCCCCACUCUGCCCCCUUGAGCAGACGUGAUUGACAGUUGGCAGACGACUGCGGAACGCGCAAGAACUCCGCACGCGCUUCGGACGGCAAAACGGCGCUUGAACGAAAAAUUUAACACACACCGAAACCCAUGAAUGCGCCGCCGGCAAAACCAUCAUCAACUUUAUCAGCAACCAGCACGUGGGUAAUUAAAAACUAUUUUUUUUUUGUGUGUGUGUGACUCGAGUGCAGUGAUUUAUUUUUUUUGUGGAAAUACAGUGAAAAUAGUGCGCGACAGUGACUCCGGACAAGAAAAUCACUAGUGCGGGGCAGUGCAGUUCAUGGCUCAGCCACGGUAUGACGAUGGUAUCCACCCUGGUUAUAUGGACGGGGGCGCCACCGGUGGUAUGUACGAGCCGCACGUGGCGCACAGGCCCAGCAUCCCCGGGCUCCACCACUCGCCCCACCUGAACCACGCCAUGCACCCUUACCACGCGAACCACGUGAACGCGGCCGCGAACCAUGUGAUGGGCGGCGCGGUGCCCGACGUCGGGAAACGAGACAAGGACGCGAUUUAUGGACACCCUCUAUUCCCUUUACUGGCCCUUAUAUUCGAAAAAUGUGAAUUAGCAACGUGUACACCUAGAGAACCGGGAGUAGCUGGUGGUGAUGUAUGUUCCUCGGAAUCGUUUAACGAAGACAUAGCAGUUUUUUCUAAACAAAUACGCCAAGAAAAGCCCUAUUACAUUGCGGAUCCUGAAGUAGACUCCUUAAUGGUACAGGCAAUACAAGUACUACGGUUUCACCUAUUAGAAUUAGAAAAGGUUCACGAACUCUGUGACAACUUUUGCCACAGGUAUAUUAGUUGUUUAAAAGGCAAAAUGCCGAUAGACCUUGUGAUAGACGAAAGGGAUGGCGGCAAACCGCCUGAGCUUGGUGGUUCAACAAAUGGAGAUGGCGGUACCCGAAGUAAUGCCGACUCCACCUCACACACGGACGGUGCGAGCACGCCCGAUGUCCGGCCCCCAUCGUCGUCGCUGAGCUACGGGGGCCCCGUGAACGACGACGUCCGGUCACCGGGAACGCCUGGACCCCUUUCGCAGCCUCCCGCCUCGCAGCAGAGUCUCGACGCCUCGGAUCCUGGUAAAUGGUGUCCGCGACGAGAAUGGUCGUCACCACCGGAUGCGCGGGCAGCAUCGGAUGCUGCGCGACGAGGCGUCCUGUACUCAUCGGUCUUCCUAGGCAGUCCUGGUGACGCCAGUAACGCGAGUAUCGGCAGCGGAGAGGGCACAGGCGAGGAGGAUGAUGAUACGAACGGAAAGAAAAAUCAAAAAAAGAGAGGCAUAUUUCCCAAGGUGGCCACAAAUAUCCUUCGGGCGUGGCUCUUUCAACACCUAACGCAUCCCUAUCCUUCGGAGGACCAGAAAAAGCAACUAGCGCAGGAUACGGGGCUUACGAUACUUCAAGUUAAUAACUGGUUUAUUAACGCAAGGCGGAGGAUAGUACAACCAAUGAUCGACCAGUCAAAUCGAGCGGUAUUUUCUCCGCACGCAGGUCCAAGUGGAGCGUAUAGUCCGGACGGUACGAUGGGCUACAUGAUGGGCGAACAGCAAAUGAUGCAUCGACCGCCCGGAGAUCCCGCUUUCCACAAUCAGUACGCGCAUUAUCCCGCCGAAUACUACGGCCAUCAUCUGUGAGGUUCCCUAAACCCGUUUGUCACAACGACAAUGGACAUAGAAAUAUGCAACUCUUAAAUGUGAUUAUAUUUUGUACAAAGUGUAAAUGUAGUGCCCCAGUGUCUAGGUAAAGUAAAAAUUAAACGGGAAGGACUUGUACAAAGAAAAAAGUAUUAGGACUGCUGACUGCUGUAAAUACGAAAAAAUCUGUGGGUGGCGUGAGGAGGUUUCCCUCCCUUCCAGCCGAGCCAGGGAGUAAAAAUAACAGGAUUGUGUUAUAUAAAAAUAAAAAAAUGAUGUGGUAUCGUAGCUUAUAGGUUCCUUGAUGUGUUACCUCUAACAUCCUCGUCCUAGUCCUUUGAAAAAGAAACGUUCAGCCGAUCCUUUUUAUCCCAUCAUUCCCUUUUCCACUACACAGCUAGUAUACAAUAAUCACAAAUUUGUAAGUGGUUUGUUGUCCAAAUAUUUUAAAGUUGGCAGCUAAAUUUUUAGUUUUUUUGGACAUCAAACUAAAUAUUUAAGCAGUAUGACGCGUGCGCAAGGAGUUCAAGGUUGUGCUGUUUGUAAAUUUACUAUAGUUGUUAUCUGUUGUGAUUUUUUCUUUUUGCGAUAUCAAAUUACCUUGUUUUGUGACGAUUUGUUUUUGUUGUUUGCCUCAUUGGAUUUGUAAUAAUAAUUUAUUGAAGAAAUUGAUUAUUUUUGUUUUCGGCGAAUAAUUUCUCAACAAGUUCCAAUACUGUAGAAGUCUUACUUUUAUAGAGCAAUAUGAAUGUAUAGAGUGCUAAAUUCAAUUAUCAUAAAAUAGAUCUGCAAUUAUUAUUAUUAUAUUUCAAUGGGCAAAAUCAUUUUAUUAAUCCUCAAGAUAUUCGAUAUACGUAAAACUAUCAACACAAUUUCAUUGUGUCUAGGGUAAUAUCAUUAAAAAGUGCAAUGAAUUGCUGAAACCUUUAGAUUUUGUUGCACUUGCAAUACAAAAGUAUACAGAAUGUUGUAAAGUCCUCAGGUGGUCAACGGAUUAUCAAAAAAAUAUACGAGAUUUUCAAUUAUUCUUAACUUAUCUUAAUACUUAUUUAUUUUACUAGUGCUCAGAUGAAUAUGGACCUUUUUGCUUCAUAGCUUAGUUUUGUUAGGUGUUUCUUAAUUUUAUUUGUCAAUAUAGGUAUCUUUAAUGUUCAAUUUCAGUUACAAUUUCUACAAGCUGCAUUUUAUUCUUAAUCUGAACUAUGAAGCAAGGAAGUUUUCAUUUGUGCUUGCUCUACGGGGUGUUACAAAUUCGUGAAUAAGCAUAUGGGGAUAUGAUAUACAGGGUUGAUUAAAUUGGAGCAAAAUUACACAAUUUCUUGCAAUUUUCCUCCUCUACACUACACAUACGCUCUAUCGAUUGGAAAAUUCAAAAUUAGGAAAAUAUAAAAAUUUAAAAUUUCAAGUUGUUUAUCCCCUUUGAAUUUUUAUUUCAAAAUCUUUAAACUUGACAAAGACAAAGUUAUGAAGAAAAAGUAAAGUUGAUGAUGGUGGCCCAUAUUGAAUAUCUCCAGAAGUAUUCGGAAUUUGAUAAUUACCCCAUACUUAUUCGCGAAUUUGUAAAAUUCUAUAUACCUACUCCUAGCUCAAACCUCCUCAGAUUGUUCAAAUUUGAGAUAAGCAAGCACAUCUCUAACUACUCAAACUCUGACCAUUUCCUGACGAUUUGAACGUAUUAUUGGCGGUAGAAUAAUCGAGAAUCGCUUUUUUUGAGCUUAUUGUUAAUGUUGUCCAGUGAUUGUUCUACCCCCAAAAACAAGCCUCCGAACGUUUUGUCCACGUCCCUACUCUCUGUCUUGCCAGAUAUACAAAACGUAUACGACUUUAGUGAUGUUAUAUAGGUUAUUAUUGUAAUUAUUAUAUAAAUUUAUCUCGUGCGCAAUCGCUGGCAAUCGAGCUGCGGAACUGGAUGAAACAUUGCUACCCCAAUUAUUGUUUAAUUUUACUUUUUCAGCGUUACCUUUGUUAAAAGCUGCUGGGCUAGCCGCGGGUUCUUGUUACGUAUACCGAUUUACACGAGACUAUUUUAUAGUUUUUUGAUGGUGUAUUGUAUAUAUUGUAUUAAGUAUUUAUGCAUAGACGAAGUAUACUAACGCCCUAGAGGGCCCGCCCUCGGCUCGCCCUGCUUACUGUUUUUGUGUAUGUAUUUUUAUUGUAAAUACAAUUUACCUCCGAUGAAAAAAAAAAAAAAUGAAACAAUGUUGGCUGUUCGUUUUAAGUGAUUUCCAUCAUGAAUCAUUAUCGCCUUAUCCAAUGUAUACGAAAUAAAAAAAAAGUAAAUCAAUACAGAUCAAUGAGAGAAUAUCGUACCUCUAUGUUAAAACAAAAAAAAAUAAUAAUAAUGUAUGAGAGGAAACUUUAUUGUGUUCUGCUUUUUAAUGAAAUUAUAUAUUAAUAUUAUAAACAAUUAUGGGACGAGAUACCUCAAAAAUUAAUUUGGUAACGCCGUGUCCUCUGUAUAGUGUUUUUUUGAAACGUGAGCAUUAAAUGCUACAUCUUGUGUACUUAUAUAAACUGUGUUUUCA